GAUGGUGCCGUUGGCUGCUUUACUACCUGUACGCGAAUGUAUCGUAUCUCGACACGAGCCCGCUGCGCCCAACGAUAAGUGCACGCUCGCCGAAGAAUCGGCCGCGAGAAUGAGCGCGGCCGUGGAGAACGGCGUGGACGCCGCGAAGCCGCGGGGCGUUUUCUCGAGGGCGUUCGCCAAGCGAGCGCAGCCCUUCGAGGAAGCCCUCAAGACCCUGAAUCACUUGAACAAGGAAGGCGAGGCGCUUGCCCUUCAAGAUGACCUCACAACGCACCCCACCUUGGCCUUGAUGCGGCGCAUCCUUGCAGAUGCACAGGCAAAAUUCCGCGUGAUGGUGGAGGAGAACGCAGCGACCGGCGCCCGGCUGGACGGCGAGCUGGAGCGCGCCAGGGGCGAGUGCGCCACUCUUCGGGGUGAGUUGCGCGACGUCCGCGGCGCCUUGCCGAUCGUGCUCAACAACAACAACGCCGGCGCCGGCGCCGCUGCAGCCGCGGCAGCCGCGCCGGCGGCGGGUAACGGCAACAGCAACAACUCCGGCGCGGCGAGCGGCGCGAACCCCGGCCAGGACGCGGAGGCGCAGCAACAGGCGCAGCAAGACGACGGCAAGAGGCUCAGCGCCGGCAGCAGCCCGAUCGAGAAGAGGAGCUCGGCCAGCGACAAAUCGGCCAGUCCCAUCGAUAAGAGAGCCAGCCCAGUCGACAGGAAGGAGAGGACCAGUCCUAUCGAUCGUCGAGCCAGUCCCAUAGAGCGAAGAAAUGGCUCGCCCUGCCGCAGCCCGAGCGAGAAGGCUCGCCGUCCCUAUGCCCCCGCCCUGGAGAAGACGCGCUUGGGCGGGUCCGGCGGCAGCGUGGACUCUCGAUCGGGCAGCGCCAGUCCGGAUCGCGGAUCAUCGGCCAACAGGAGCGGCAGCUUCCUGCACCGCGGCGGCAGCGACCGCUCCAGCGUGGAGCGGCUGCGGAUAUCGACUGCCAACCGCGACUCCCUGCGAUCCAGCAAGGAGAUGAACGACCACGAGAAGGACGCCGACAAGGACCUAGUGGACGGCGACGCGCGCGCCGACGAGGAUAAUGAACCACCCGGGCCGGCGCCAGGCAGCAGACCGUCGUCCCCGGCUAAUUCUCUCGGAAUCGGCGACCCAGUGGUGGCGUCCAGACUGUCCAACAUCCACGGGGGUGGCGGCGGUGGGCCGGUGGAAUUGGCCAGCGCCAGGAGACUGCGAUUGGAGAACGAGCGGUUGGUGGCGGAGGUCGCGAGGCUCAGGAGGUUGUUGUUGAGCGGCGCAGCGCGAGGCGAGGUCGGUGCUGAGGACGCCGCGAUGGAGGAAGAGGCUCGCUUCGUCGCCUUGGAAAUGGAGCUGCAGCACGCGAAGGAGGCGCUGCAAGCGCUCAAGGCUGACCGGAAGCGGCUGAAAGCCGAGAAGUUCGACCUCCUCAAUCAGAUGAAGGCUCUCUACGGCACUCUCGAGGACAAGGAGCGUGAGCUUCGCGACUUUAUACGAAAUUACGAGCAGCGGAUGCGGGAGAACGAGGCGACCCUGGGACGUCUCCAGCAGCAAGGAGCCGGCAUGCCAUCGGAGGAACGCGAGAGAGAACGGGAGAGGGAACGCUGGAGUCUGUUGAGGGCGGCGAGAGACGAGGCCGAUCGAAGCCUGAGCCUCGCGGCUAGUUUGGCGGACAAAGAAGCCGCCCUCUCGCACGCGCACGCAACCAUAAAAGAGCUCCAACGUCAGCUGGUGGAGCGUGGCGGCGGCGGCGGCGGCGGCGGCGGCGGUAUCUGCCUGAGCGACCAAGAGUCCUUGGUGUCCUUCCCGCGCGGCAGCGUGAACGGCGCCGCGACACCCGGAGCCGGCAGCAGCAGCGGCGGCGGCGGUGGUGGCGGCGGUGGUGGCGGUUGGGGUUGCGCCAUCAUCCCCCACGUGAACUCGCAGCCACCGCUGGGCACCACCGAACUCGGCGUGUCCGUGGGUAACGUGGGCGGCGGUGCAGGUGCGGGAUCCUCCGGCGGCCAGGCCGGCGAUCGCGGCAGCUGCAGCGCCGACAGCGGCGUCCGCGGGUCCAGCGAUCGAGAGAGCGGCGGUGCGACCAGCGUCGGCGGGAACCUGUCGGACUCCACGACGGACGGCACGCCGACAAUUACGGUCGAGGGCAGCGGUCUCGACAUGGACAGCAUCUCCGUGGUAUCCUCCGUAGCACCACCCCACAUAUACCAAUCCGCGACCACACCGAAGGACUGCAGCCCCACGUUGUCGCCCCUGAACGCCUUCUCGAGGUCCAUGGACAACUCGUCGCUAUCGCGAUCGGUCGAGCAGCUAUCCAGCCCGCUGGAAUCCGAGCCGCGGCGAAACAAGCAGCCUCCACCUGUCGUCGCACCUGCCGCGCACUCGCGAUCGUCCGCUACUCGCGGCGGCACAUGGGGAUCCAUUUCAAGGGUGUUCGCCCGCUCGCGACACCGGAAGACGGCAAACAGUUCCGGCGGCGGGAGCGGCGGGAACGAGGGAUCGGACGGCUUUGAUCCAUUUCGAUCGUGGUCGCCACUCACCGAGGAGGGCUACGCUGAGAAACUUCGUCUGCUGCGAGAAGCGGCCUCCGUACCAAUGGAACGAUGGCGAGCCCCUACCGUUUUAGCGUGGUUAGAGGUGGCCCUCGGGAUGCCGCAGUACGGGCCGCGAUGUGCUGAGAACGUCAAGUCGGGCAAGGUGCUGCUUGAGCUGAGCGACGCCGAGCUGGAGGCCGGUUUGGGCGUCACUCACCCCCUUCACCGGAAGAAAUUGCGUCUGGCUAUCGAAGAGCAUCGGCACCCGAGUCACGUCCGGUACCCCUGCAUCGCCCAGCUCGGGCACACCUGGGUAAGCUCCGAGUGGCUGCCGGACCUCGGCCUGGCCCAGUACUCGGAGAGCUUCGCCACCAAUAUGGUGGACGCGCGUAUGUUGGAUCAUCUGAGCAAGAAGGAGCUGGAGAAGCUGCUCGGCGUGACGAGGAAGUUCCACCAGGCCAGCAUCGUCCACGGUAUUCACUUGCUGCGGAUGUUGAACUACGAUCGGCAGGCGCUCGCCGUCAGGAGACACCAAUGCGAGCAGGUCGACACGGAUCCUUUGGUCUGGACGAACCAGAGGUUCAUUCGGUGGGCGAGAAAUAUCGAUCUCACGGAAUACGCCGAGAAUUUGAAAGACUCGGGUGUGCACGGCGCUCUGGUUGUGUUGGAGCCGUCGUUCACCGGCGACACGAUGGCGACCGCUCUGGGCAUACCGCCGGCCAAGCACAUGAUCCGACGGCACCUCACCGCCGAAUUAGAAGCGCUCGUUCUGCCAGCAAGAAGUCAGCUGGAGAUGGUCCCGAGGAACAGCAACGCCGGGGGUCGUCCGAUGAGCACCGCGAGCGCGGGCGGUAGUCUCGGGCGUGGGAGCAGGGCGCUGCAUCUACAGCAUCAUCAGAGCUCGCUGUCGGCCCUCCACAUGACGGCGAAUCACACCGGCACCGUCGACCGUCGCAGAUCCAGCCUCAGGACCUGCAGUCUUCUUUACUUGAAAAAGUUGUCGUGGAGAAGCUCACAGGGAUCCCUGAGCAGAGCGUUCGGUCUCCGGCCUAGAAGCGAGAAGGCGUCACCGUCGUCGUCCUCGGACACCGGCAGCCUCGCCAGCCAGUGCCAAUACAUGAGCAGCGUGCGCAGCAACUCACCGCCGCCGCCGCAGCUGCCGCCUCGGCCGAUGACGGGCGGCAAACGGCACCGUCGGGUCAAGAGCAUCGGCGACAUCGAGUACAUAAGCACGGCGGCGGUGAGCACCCCGGUCUGACAAGAGGGUAGGCCCCACCACCCGGGGCCUUACCGCAGCUUGAGCGAGCGCGGCUACUCCUCGUCGUACUCGUCGUCCCAGUACGGCUCUUAUUCGGGCUACAGCAACGUCCUCGCAGCCGAGUAUCAGUAUCAACAGCAACAGCAGCAGCAGUCCGGCAACUACUAUCAGCUGCAGGGCGGCUAUUACUCGCCGCAGAGCUCCGGUCCGCCGUUCCCGGGCGUGCAGAGGUACGGCAGCCUGGCCGAGGAAACCUGGUCGUGCACCACCAAGAGCGACUCGCCGGGCAUCUCCAAGGCUAAUCCCAGGACUUACUUGGCUUAGUGGGCGGCCGCGGCCGUGCUGAGAACGAGAUUCGUCGAGUAGGCGGAUGGUGGGAAUUACGCGAGCGCGCGCGCGCGCGCGUUGGCGCACCCUGUGCGCCGCGACUCGGAACGUUCCCGAUGAUGCGUGCUUCUGAUGCGUUCUUGAGAUAGUUAGAUCUUUGUUAUCCGUGGCCUCUCAUGACGUGAUGAAUGACUGAGAAAUAGCGAGGAGAACGUUGAAGGAAAGACGACACGAGGGAACUGCGUCGCGCGCUCGUCGGAACGCGUGCGAAUUGCACGCGACUUGCUUGUUCGCGAUUCAAACGGAAUGAUUGUCGUCGUCGACGAGACACCGAGAGAACCAUCACGCUGAAUCUAAAAGCCCCCGAGCUCCUGACGUCCCCCGCGUUAAGACGCGAAGGUGUCUGAUUGAAAGGACCCGAUCGAGCUUAUAGGUAAUUCGACGAAACGAUCUAGAUGUCUCGAGCGCCUCCGGCGUAAUGAUAAUUGUUACUACAAGUCCGAGCAGCUGGCAGGAUAUUCAUCUCGUUGAUGUGACAACCGUAACAGACAAUACCUCUCAGUCGCGGACGACGGACGCUCGCGAGAGCGAGCGGAUUGCCUCGGACGAGCCUCUUUUAACGACAGAGCUAUACAAUUAAGAGAACUCGAGACUCGCGCUGAAGCUCCGACAAGUACGAGUAAAUGUCGAUGUGUCACACCGUUAUCCUUAAGAGUUACUCUCGAUUACGCAAAUUAAUUCUACGUCGUACAAAUGUUAAAGCAGCAUAUCGUGACUGUUGAUGAGGGAGGAACGACCGAGAGGGGGGAGCCCGACCAAAUUUUAUUAGCACACAUCGAGCUAAACGACGUAAACUCGCCGACAAUUCACCCGACACGUGCUGGUGAGUAGAAUAUAGAGGAUUAUAUAUUUACGAUCGCGGGGCAGGUAGGGUUUAAGCAGGAAGGGUGAAGAGGAAAGGUCAAGCGAGCUGAUGUGAUGAAAGAAAAAAUACUUCUCGGUUAUUCGAUCCCACCAGCGCUGACAUCAUGUAAACGCAGUUCGCCGGAAUCAGUUCUUUCUCAGCGUCAUCGCGAACGACGAAUUCCCGUGUUUACCGAGACAGAGAGAGCGGGCGAGCGAGCGAGCGAGCAAGAGAGAGAGAGAGAGAGAGAGAGAGAGAGAGAGAGAGAGAGAGAGAGAGAGAGAGAGAGAGAGAGAGAGAUAUGUUAAGUUAGAUUAAUGAAUAAAAUCCAUUCUAAUCUGUAAGCUAUGGAGCACACGUGAGAUCGCGUCGUGGGCGUCGUUCGAGGAUAUUUUCGCUUAAGGAUCGACGGACAGAUGAAGGGAACGACGAACGAACGAACGAACGCACGCACGCAAGCAGGCGCGAUCGAUCGUGCGAUCGAGGAGACGCGCCGAGCGCGUUCGGUCGCAACUUGGCUCGCGUUGUCGGGGCACAUGCUCGUCCUCGGCUCGUUGUAAUCGUUAAUGAUAAUUAAUACGUACAAUAUCUCCUCCCCAGUGUUCGUGUACCCACGCUCUCGCGCGGUCGCGAGACGAUAUUUUGUAGAUAACGCGUAUUUAAACGCGAUAUUUAUUGGUAGAGGCGGCGAUUAUUUCGCGACACUCGCGAGAGAGAGAGAGAGAGAGAGAGAGAGAGA